AUGACGGCGAAAGUUUGCGAUAAUUUCCACCCUGAUAUUGUGGAUCUUAUCUCUUCCUACAGCAUCCUCUCAUCUUUGGCACCUUGGCUCUCAACGCUUGACUUGCACAAACUCAGUUUGACAAGUCGAUCCGCUUACAGCAUCAUACACUCUUCGGACGCAAUAUUCGGCUUUCUGUCUAGGCAAUCACUUUGCGAUGGACGUGGUCUUGCGGCUCGUCAAGCCUUCAAGGGCUCAUACCACCGAAACCCCAUGCCCGGUCGAUGGGAUAUCAACCCUCACCUUUCAGGUGACGAAGAAAUCGAGGUAUAUCUUUACAACGUGAAGUGUGAUGAAGCAGAGGCUCUUCCGUGCAUAAAGUGUGGCAUCAAUGUAUGCGAAGAAUGUCGAUGCUAUCCGCGUGCCGCUCCCCCAACCGCUCGUCCCAACCGCCGACCGCACUUGAGAGGGAAUUUCGAGCUAGACAACAUCAUGUGUCUAUGUGAGGAAUGCGACAAGAAGACGGAGGAGGAAAUAAGCGACAAGUUUGUCAAUCUGAGAUGUGAUUGCGAUGUCUAUACCCGGUGGAUCUGUGUGCGAUGCGAAGAUGAAGAACGAAAGACGACAAGACAGUAUUUUGCAGAAAGAACACAAAUGGAGUGGGAUUGGAUCGUUCGAUACGAUGUUGACUUUGGAGACGACUGUGAGCCCUCCAAGACGCUGCAUGAUCAUGCUUUCGAACGAGCUUUCUGGUGCACGUGUGGUAGAACUGUAUCACCCAGGACAGUACCGCGAUGCAUCUGGUGUAGAACACGACACUUACCUGAAACUGAGUGGUAUCAAGAACAGCUAGAAAUCGGUUCUAAACACCCAUUGUUUGACGACAACCCAAGUUAUCCGCGAUGGGUGAGCGACAGGGACAACAAAUACCCAAGCCCAUAUCCUAGGCUCGGUUAUCGGAGCCGAAUUGUUGGGAAUGAGGAGUUUCAAGGUGAAGGUCCAGACGUUAAUACAUUAGAAAAUUGA